UUGGACAGUGGAGCAUGGAGUGAUCAAUGUCAUCGUUAUCUUUAUGGCAAAGAGGACAGGAACUGGGAAGGGCUGCCGUGAAACGGUAUAGGUUUUUAGGGAAAGGAAGGGCACUGUUUAAGAGUCUCCACAAGAAGAUCUUGAUUUUUGGGAUGUUUGAGCUGUGCCAAAUGUAUUUACAGGAUAAUAGGUUUGUCCCACUUCCAUGGACCAUGUUGAAAGCACUCUUGAGGCUGAAGUUUCCUCCUUCCCAAAGCAAGCCUGAACUAGUGGUGGUGGUAUGGGAUGUUGCCAGAUCAUUACAUCUGCAAAUCCUUUUCCAUGUUGGAGAGUCAGUGAUCCUUUCCUUCAUGAUUCCUGUUUUCAUAUACCUGGCUCUCACAUAGGGCCCCCAUAUCCCAAUGUCAUUUCUUGCCUUCCACCAAAGUUUAAGGGUGUAUGCUUGUUGUAGGUCCUUUAACCUUUUGAUCCCCAGCCCUCCCUCUACCUCAGGUUUUGUUAUUUGUGCCCAUCUAACCUAGUGGUGUUUAUGGGAUCCUUCCUUUUGUCCCCACAAAAAGUUGGCCAUGUAUCUGUUGAGGGUGUGGAUGAUUGAUUUGGGAAUGGUGUGGACUGCAAGGAUAUGUAAUGGGAUUGAAGAAAGAACAUGUUUUAUU